GAGAGUUGGAGGAGGUUAUGGAGGAUUUUGAGUUAUUGCGGAGGGAAAAAAGAAGGCGAAAGGCUAUGCGGCUAAAGUUCGGUCUGGAUGAUGUUACAGACGAUCCCGGUUUCAAUACAGAAGGGCUGGCCGAUGGUUUUGAUGUGGAUAACUGUUGCUAUCCGUCUAGACUAAUUAAGUCUACCUGGGGCGAUCGUUAUGACAUCGCUCUUUAUAGUAGGCUUGGACUCCACUGCCACAAUUUUCAGAAGGGAACAAACUUCAAGUUUGUGCGCUGGGAAAAGUAUGAUCUUACCUCUACUGCAUACGACUUCGUCUAUGUAACUUUGGACGCUAAGGAUCCUGUGUCUGACUCGGUCUUCUCUUUUCAGACCUUGUUGUGCGAUGAUUCUUAUCCAAACUAUCCCGUGAGGUGGAGUACCUUAGCCUGCAGAAUCAAAUGUGAUGAUGGUGUGGAUGAAAGUUGGGACGAUACGGCAGUAGAUGAUUUCUACAAAGGUGCAAUGCCCAAAUGGUUGUCUGAUGAAGAAUUGGCGUCUGACGAUAAAAAGUACUAUGUGGUGCAAGAAUCAGAGUUGCAAGAAUAUGACUGGCUGCAUCUAUUCACCGAAAUUGCGUUCUACUCGAAAACAAAGAACGAAGUGACUGCUCCCCCACCCUUGGAGAUCGAGAAGGUGGUUGUAGUAACUAAAGAAGACACAGAAGAAGGGCAUGAGAAGCUGAAAGCCCAUAAUGCCAUCUUCUACGUAAGUUACAAGUAUAAUGGUGAAUAUUCAGGGUGGGCUCGUGAUCACCAAGCGGUAAUAAGGAAAACAAUGGAUGGGAAGCCAGGACACAUGUAUCUUGAAGUUUAGCAGCAGAUUGAACUGAAGAUGAAUAAGAAUAGACAGACAUAUGGAUCUGCUCUUUUAUAGAGACCUAUCAUUAACGCUAUUACUAACUUUAUCAUGUUACAUAUUGUAUGCUGUUGUGUUUGGCUUGUUUUUGACUAGAACAAUUUGAACUAGAACGAGCAGGAUCUAUCAUCCCUUACUUAUUAUUGCCAAGGA